AUGACUCAGCUGUUCGAGCCCCUUGGGCACAGCCCUCAGCAGCAGAGGUUUCCUUCACAAAAACCUUCUCCUAAACAGCGGCAAGCAACACCAGGAGCUGAAAGGGUGGAAGGAGAAAUACGCUUGAUUGACGGCUCGGCUGAUGGGGAUAUAGAGGCACCCCUACCUAUUAUAAGUGUGAAUCCUUCGGCCCCGGUUCCGCGUGAAGCAGUAGCGAAGGUCAAGAAGUUGAAAGAGGCCGGGAAUGCUGCCUUCUGUAUGAGGGACUCGGCCGCAGCCAAAGCCAAGUACACCAAGCCAAUUGAGGUAUGCCCUAAGGUGGAGGCGACGCGGGAGCUUCUUGGGGUACUCUAUUCGAACCGAAGUUUCACUCACAAACAACUUGAAGACGCGCAGGGGGCCCUGGCGGUCGCGCAGGCGGCGGUGCAGCUGCUUCCCGAAUGGAGCAAAUCACAAUAUCGCCUGGAGAGAGCCCGCCGCCUCGGCGGCUCGAAGGAGGCGUACGUCGCCCAGUUGUGGAAACGGCUCCGAGGAGACCCGAAAAAUAGCCAGAUUCGAGAGGAGAUGAACACAGCAGUGCAGGCGGCCCGGAAGAUUCACGCGGACAGGACCACCGCUGGUACGCCGACUGCUUGUGGCCAGCCUAUGGGAAGAGAUGCUGGUGUCUCUCAGAUGCCCUGA